AUGAAUCGAGGUGAUGAUAGUGGGAAACUUUUCAAGGCUGCGUUGAACGGCGACGUGAGCCAUAUUGAGGAAGCACUAAGUGAGGAAAUUGAAAAUAGUAAUGAAGAGGGGGUUAUUUUUGCGAAGAUCAGCAAUAGACAAGCUGAUCUAUCAGGCAAAGACAAAGACAAAGAUACCCCUCUUCAUGUUGUAGCAGAGGAGGGAAACAUCAAGAUUUUGAAGCUGCUCAUUGAAUAUGAAAAGGGGAAGCAGGAGUCGAAGGCGUCGGCGGGUUCGUGUUCGAGUUUGCAGAACAAAGACGGCAACACGCCAUUGCAUGUUGCACUUCUUAACCGCAAUGUUGAAGUUACUGAAUUGUUGGCGAAGCAUUAUCCUGAGAUGGCUGGUGUAACCAACCAUGAUGGAAACACCCCUCUUCAUCUUGCGGCAGAGUUGAGCAAUGCUAGCGUUUUCGUUCAGUUCCUUGCUGAAUAUGAGAAUUGGCAGCAGAUGUGGAGGUUGCAGAAUGAAGAAGGUAACACAGCAUUACAUGUUGCAAUAAUCAAUAACAGGUUCAAGAUUGCUACAUUAUUGCUGGAACGUGAUCAUGAGCUUGCUAGUCUUACCAACAAAGCCAAGGAGACGCCUCUUCAUCUUGCAAUUAUCGAACAACAAAUUUUUGAAAAUAAAUUCAGAAACCUGGCCAUUAUGGAUUCGGAUCUUGAGAAUGCCGUAAAAAUUGGUGACUUGAACUUCCUAAAGAACGCGCGAGAAAAAGAAAUAGAUAAUGGCGAAUAUUUUGUGGGGCAAAACCUCUUUGAUGGAGACAAUAUCCUUCACAUAGCUGUCCAAUUAAAGCAUUAUGAAUUCAUAAAAGAAAUUACAAGAAAGAGGUUAUCGCCAAGAUCAAUAAUCAGUAAACUGAUGAGUCAGAGUAACAAUGACGGUAAUUCUCCUCUUCAUGUCGCCGCAAAGGUGUGUGACGACAUCCCCUUUUUUAAGUUGCUCUUAGAGUAUGAUGAGCAUGAUGGGCAGUUUGAGAUGAAGAAUGCAAACGGUUUCACGCCCUUUCAUGUUGCAAUUCUCAAUAACAAGCUUAAAAUUGCGUGCUGUUUUAUGCCUAGUCCUCUUUUUAGUUUGAGGUUUAUGAGCGGCUUUCCUCACCGCGAGUUUUUUUGUGCAAGUUGCCGGGAGUCUGCAAAGUUGGCUGAUGAAAAUUAUGGCAAAACCAUCCUACACUGGAUGAUAGAUAGGAUACCUACCUUGCAAAAAGGCAGAGAGCGGCUAAAACUUAAAGAAAUUGAAGACCUUGUGGAAUUUAAGGAUUAUCAAGGAAAUAAACCAUUAGAUUUAGCUUGGAAAUUUAACUUUAAAGUGGUGCGAGUCUUAUUAGAUAAAUCACUGCGAUCAAAAGGAAAAGUUGAUGACAAAGAUAGUAGUUCAACCUCUCACCUUCAACGACCAACACUCAAAGCAAAUCAUAUUUUACCACUUUAUUCGAACGACAUAUUGGAUGAUGUCGGCACCAUUAUUGGUAAUGAGGAUCUUACCCCGAACUUGAGAGCUGUUCAAGCUGGUAACGUACAGAUAGUUAAGGUAUUGGAUGAUCUUAACAAAGAAGGGUCGGAAAAGGUUGACAAAGAUGGGCGGACACUCUGGCACAUGUUAGUGAAUCAACCAUCAUCCAUGACGCGGAAACUUUUAGAAGAUUUUGCAAAAAAACAAUAUGUGAUAGAUUUGUUGAAAAAGACUGACAACAAGGGUAAAACGGCAUUGCAUCUGGCGCUUGAAUCUCGACUCUUUACCCAUGCUCGUCUCUUUAUGCAGUGCUCACCAUUUGAUCAUAAAGAAUUAUCUCCUAAGCAGUUGGAAUUUAUAAAAGAACUUCUAGAAAUAAAAGACGGAGAUGGUGUCACUCCCGGCGACCAAUUAGCAUCUAUUCCAGACCUUCCACGAGACUUGAAGGAAAUAGUUUCAGAGAAGAACAUCAAAGAAUCUGGAGAAAAGUAA